GUCUGAAUUUUGAAACAGAAUGGCGGUGUUGCUAGAAACAACAUUAGGAGACAUCGUAGUGGAUUUAUACACCGAGGAAAGACCCAAAGCCUGCUUGAACUUCUUGAAGCUGUGUAAAAUCAAGUACUACAACUACUGCCUCAUUCACAAUGUCCAGAGAGAUUUUAUCGUCCAGACUGGAGACCCUACAGGCUCUGGCCGAGGAGGAGAGUCCGUGUUCUGUAAGCUGUACAGGGAUCAGGCGCGCUUCUUCGAUGCUGAGAAGGUUCCACGGAUCAAGCACAAGAAGAAGGGCACCGUCUCCAUGGUGAACAAUGGCAAUGAGCAGCACGGUUCUCAGGUUAUAUAUAUAUAUAUAUAUAUAUAUAUAUAAUUAUAUAAUAUUUAUAUACACAUUAGUUUAUUUUAUGAAGUUAACACAUGCAUGUCUUGUGAUAUUGAUUGAUUUUCUUCUUUGAUAAACAUAAUUGCUUUAGUUUUUGUGUUUUAUAUGUUAAUACGCUCGUCAUCGUUAACGACUUAAUUUUAAAAUAAAUAAAUGAACAUAAUGUAUUGUGUUACUGUGUUUGUAAUUCUUUAUAUUAUCUGUCUACUGACUGCAUCCUUUACAGCAAUACGUCAACUGCAUGAUAUUAUUAAAUGAUUACGUUUUUCCUCAAAUGUUUUUCCAGUGAAGGUUUUAUUUUAUUCUGUUUUUUAUUAUUAUUCACGAACCAGGUUUAAUAAUGUCCUUAACAAGAGACGACUAUAGCUACCGGUUUAGCAUUACACAGACAGCAUGUCUAUAUCAUGACACGUUCCGCUCAAAAACAUUGUUUGUGUCAGUAAUACAGUUUCACAAAAUGCAGAGUAAAUUCUAUUAUAGACAUUAAAU